AUGAUAGUGUUAUCCUACAACAUCAGAGGCUUGGGGAGCAUCAUCAAACAAAGGGACAUCAUCAGAAAUCAGAAAGUGGACAUGUGUUUCAUUCAGGAAACAAAGAUGAUCGAGUUUAAAGAAGAAGUGUGCAGAUCUUGGUGGGGACAUAACUCCACGGAAACGGCAGUUAGGAAUUCUGAAGGAAGAUCAGGAGGCAUUCUUUGUGCUUGGAAUAAAGAAAAGUUCGUUGCUUCAAGCAGUUGGGACUUCCCGGGAGCUGUGGUUCUUAAUGGAUGGUGGCAAUCAGGUAACUUACCUUGUUGCUUCGUCAAUAUUUAUGCUCCUAUUGACGGAAAUGAGAAGUUGUUACUUUGGGACAAGCUGAACAUGAUUGUAAACCAGAAUGUUGAUAUAUGUUUGUGUAUUUUGGGAGAUUUUAAUGCGGUUAGAAACCAGGAAGAAAGAGUGGGCAGUAGUGAUAGGUACGGGAUCGUUGAAGCAAGAAAUUUUGAUUCGUUUAUUCGUGAUAAUGGCUUGAUUGAUAUUAGAAUCCAAGGUAGAAAGUUUACAUGGUACCAGCCUACCGGGGGUCGUAAAAGUAAGCUGGACAGGUUCCUUGUUAAUGAUAGGUGGAUCAAUGCGUGGCCUUCGUCAAUUGGUCGUGGACUGUAA